CCGAGCAGUCCCUGGCUGCUCUUACAAUAAAGGAGACGGCAAAACUUCCUCUGGGAGAAGAAAAGAAAAAAGAGUGAAAAAAGAAACUAUUCAGGAGAUAUUUACCGAUUCCAUGUUUCUGRUUUUCAAUAAGAGCAAAGGAGCAAAGCAGUGAGAAGUAGAGCAGCCAUGGAUGACAUUUUCACCCAGUGCAGAGAAGGGAACCCUGUAGCUGUCCGCCUGUGGUUGGACAACACGGAGAAUGACCUCAACUUGGGGGACGACCACGGCUUUAGCCCCCUCCACUGGGCGUGCCGCGAGGGGAAGAGCUCCGUCGUGGACAUGCUGAUCAUGAGAGGCGCACGCAUCAACGUGAUGAACCGGGGCGACGACACGCCCUUGCACCUCGCCGCGAGCCAUGGACACAGGGACAUCGUGGCUAAGCUGAUUCAGUGCAAAGCAGAUCCCAAUACAGUCAACGAGCAUGGAAACACACCACUCCACUACGCCUGCUUCUGGGGUCAUGAUGAAGUUGCAGAGGAUUUGGUAGCGAAUGGAGCCCAGGUGUGUGUAUGUAACAGAUAUGGACAGACACCUCUGGAUAAGGCCAAGCCUCAUUUAAGACAGCUGCUGCAAGAAAAGGCAGAGAAACUGGGCCAAAGUUUGACCAAAAUCCCAUAUAAGGAAACUUUCUGGAAGGGUACCAUGAGGACACGACCCCGUAAUGGAACCCUCAACAAGCAGGCUGGUAUUGAUUAUAAGCAGCUUUCGCUUCUGGCGAAGAUCAGUGAAAACCAGUCUGGGGAGUUAUGGCAGGGUCGAUGGCAAGGGGAUGAGAUCGUAGUGAAGGUGCUGCAUGUGAGGGACUGGACCACCAGGAAGAGCAGAGACUUCAACGAGGAGCAUCCAAAACUCAGGAUCUUUUCUCAUCCGAACGUUCUGCCUGUUCUCGGAGCCUGUCAGUCUCCUCCRUCUCCUCAUCCCAUCAUCAUCACCCAUUUCAUGCCAUACGGAUCGUUGUUCAACAUCCUCCACCAGGGCACCACUCUGGUCGUCGAUCAAAGCCAAGCGGUGAAGUUUGCUCUGAACAUUGCGAGCGGCAUGGCGUUCCUCCACACCUUGGAGCCGAUGGUUGCACGGCUUUACCUCAACAGUAAGCACGUCAUGAUCGAUGAGGACAUGACAGCCAGAAUAAGCAUGGCGGAUGCCAAGUUCUCCUUCCAGUGUCCUGGUCGUAUGUACGCCCCAGCCUGGAUAGCCCCUGAAGCACUGCAAAAGAAGCCUGAAGACAUCAACAGAAGAUCUGCUGACAUGUGGAGCUUUGCAGUGUUGCUGUGGGAACUGGUUACCAGAGAGGUCCCCUUUGCUGAUCUCUCAAACAUGGAGAUUGGCAUGAAGGUGGCUCUAGAGGGGCUCCGGCCAACCAUCCCACCAGGAAUCUCUCCUCACAUCUGUAAGCUGAUGAGGCUCUGYAUGAACGAAGACCCGGCCAAGAGGCCCAAGUUCGACAUGAUCGUUCCCAUUUUGGAGAAAAUGCAGGAGAAGUGAUUGUCCAGUCGGCCCAGCUCUGUUGUUGGUUUUAAUUCUUGUUUGUUUUUAUUUAAACCACUUUUUAUCUUCACUCCAGCCAUCAUAURUAUCUGCCAGGCCACUGUAAAUAACGCCAAAAAAAACCACUGCAGCUGCACACAGCUUGAACACUUAUUUCACUGCUUGUUUUAUGUAAGCUAAUUUGAAUUUUAAAUGUUAUUUCUCUCAUAUAUUGAUCAGUUGUCCUGACUGAAAUAAUGACAUUAUAUUCYGUGUGGAUUACAGUUGAGUAAUAUGUCAGAUGGGGAAAAAAAACCAAAGAAAUGUGUGUAGAAUCUGACUUUUUAUACACAUUUACAACUGCAGAUGUAAUAAAUGUUUUAUAUAUUUAUGACAAA